CUUACUCGACACCCAGUAUACGUGCUGUGACAUCGUGAAGAGCCCAUAGACAUUGCAGGGAGUACCAGGACAGUUCCGAAAAACGGGGCUCUGUACUGCUACCUUCUUUAGGAGAACACUAUUAACAAUAUUUGUGUGAACAACUUUUACUUAAACACGGGAAAUGCAUUUGCAAUAUAACCAUCGCCUGGAUGCCAAACCGGAACUUGCUGACCAUGUUAACAUGCAAGGCGUCAAGCAGGUGAGUGACGUCACUUCCGGUGUUCUGCGACGUCUUUUCUGGUUUCUCGUUAUAUGUGGAGGACUUGCGUUCACCGCCUUCAACGUCAUGAAACAGAUGCAACUGUUUCUGUCACGUCCCGUCAACGUCCACGUCGACGUCAAGUUGGGUCAGACGCUGCCGUUCCCGGCUGUAACCGUGUGUAACACUAACAUAGCUAAAAGAUCGGUGGUAGACAUGUAUGGACUCACUCAAGAACUUACAGAUACGCUUAGAUAUGACUUUCAAGAAGAUGACAGUUCUACAAGUGUACCAUCCACAAGCGUGAAUGAGUAUUACAUGGAAUUUGGUCACAACGCCUACGACUCCAUACUGUGGUGCACUUGGGGGAAGGAAGCAUGUGGGCACGCAAACUUCACGCAUUUGGUGACAGACAGUGGGCUAUGCUUCACAUUCAAUGCAAAUGGAGAAAGCUUCAUACGUAACUCGGGGAGACAGUACGGGUUGAAACUCGCUUUAUGGGUUGGGGCAGAGGAGUUUACCCGUAGUCGCCAGAAGACAGAAGGAGAGGGUUUCAUGAUUACGAUUCAUUCGGCCGACAUUCCCCCGGUAAUUGCGGAGACUGGCAUGGCGGUGUCGCCAGGUUCCCAGUACUUGUUUGGGCUUGAAGUGCAGGAGAUGGAUGCUCCGGAUGGGCUGGCGAACUGUGGCAGGCAGGAGUUGAAGUAUUACCCGGGUAAUUAUUCCCGUGAAGCUUGCCGUAAAGAAUGCUUUACCGACUACAUCUUAAAGGCGUGCUCCUGCCGUGAAGCCUACAUGCCUGGUAACGCGAGGUUGUGCGACGCGGAUGUUAUUGUCAAUUGUAUCCAUCCAAAAACGCAGGAAUACCUCCAUUCUCGGCGUGAGUGUGAAUCUAACUGUCCAGAAACUUGCUCGUACAACAUAUUUUCUUUAAAGACUGCGUCUGGUCUGAGAGUGACAGACGAGUAUCUAUCAAUGCUGGCUAACGCUGAUGGCAGCUCGCUUGCAUACUGGAGACGGAACUUUGUGUCUGUGGAGGUCUACUACUCAUCCAUGUAUUACCCCUACAUCAGAAAGCAGUACAGCUACCCCGUCCUUGACCUGAUCUGUAACAUAGGUGGCGCUCUCGGGCUUAUUCUUGGCGCGACUAUUGUUUCAGCAGUGGAACUGUGUGACUUCAUUGUGAGACGUAUUAGGGCAUAUUGGUCGUUAAAGACGAGGGUGACAGAUUGUGACACUGACCCCAAACUGACGAAAGAGAGACUUUCACGAAUAAUGGCAGCCGAGUGAGUGAGGGAGUUUUGUUCUGGAGCUACUGUGGGCAGUAUUUCAGUUAUGUUAUGGCAUGUCAGUUUGAUGCGUCACGAAAGCCCUAGUUAAGGUCUCCGGUGUGUUCCUAGUUAACGUCACGAUUAUGGGUUUGGUGCGGACAAACUUAGAAACAUGCUCGGGAUUCGAACCCACUCAUCAGGUUUCUGGCGUGUCCAGGGAGGCAACUCUUCACAGCGCCUUAGGCCAAUGAGCCAUCCGUGCUACCACGGGCAAUGGAUGUGGUAUUACGUGGCCGAUUCUAAAACAGGUGAACCGUAAUGAACGUCUACGCUGUGCACAAUUACACCUGCAGAUGGCUGAAGUUUCUCCAAAAUGCGGGUAUUGGUGUCAUGGAGUGGCGAUUGAGAUCACCUGACCUUAGACUCAUCCAACACGUAUGGGAUGCUCUAGGAAGAAGUCUUCGUGCCUUGAGACGUCAACUCUAGAACGUUUAAGAGCUGCGCACCAUGUUGGUACAGCAAUGGCGCAGGUUGCUCACUGCUAUGAUUACACAAUGCCAUUUAGAAAGUGGUCAAAUGUAACAUAUGUUAUUUGGGAUUACACUUUCUUAGUACAGUACAGAUUCUAGUUCAUGGUUCUAGUUCUAGUACAAUGCUAUGUUGAUGGAUGUUAGGCAGUCAGUGACACAAUGUUGCCCUGCUGCUGUGAUGCAAGAAGGGAGCGUACACGGUACUGAACCAGCUCCAACAUAGAUGGCUAGUCGAUGUGCUGUUGAAUGUGAAGGGUGCAAAACACAUCUUAAUGUCUUAUCCUGUUUUAGUGUACGCUCAUUACCUCCUUAAACCACAUUUAUCCACCAGCAACACACUUUGUUCUCUAUGGGUAUGUUUGGUACAUAACGCUACACAUGUGAAGUUUCUUUUUUGUUUAGUGUAUGCUCAGCAACGUUUGACACCUAAUUUACUUCAUUCCUCUAUACGUAAGAGGC